AUGUUGUCUUCAAGUACUUGGGUUCCUCGAGGAUUUGCCAAAGAAUUCCCAGAUAAAUAUGAAUUGGAUGAUGAAGAAAUGGAAAGAAUUAAUCAAUUGGCACAAUUAGAAAUUAAUGAUGCUAAAGAAGAAAUUGAAGAAUUACAAAAUAAUGGAAAUGCUAGUUCAGAUUCACCAGAAGAAGAAGAAGAUGAUAAACCAAAAACUGCUAAACUUGGUGAUCAAUUUGAAAUUGAUGAUGAUUUAAAAGAAUAUGAUUUAGAACAUUAUGAUGAUGAUGAUGAAGAAACUCAAGGUUCAAGAGUAACAAUGUUACCAGGUUUAUCAAAUGAUGCUGAAUUCCAUGAAGAUGAAGAUGGAGAUGAAGCUUAUAUUACUUUACCAAAUGAAGAAGAAACAGUACAGGAUAAACAAGAAUCACAAAUUUAUCCAACUGAUAAUUUAAUCUUAUCUACACGUACUGAAGAUGAUGUUUCAUUUUUAGAUAUUCAUAUUUAUGAUGAUGGUGCUGAUGAUUUAUUAGAUCCUGAAGUUCCAGAAGGUCAUGAAAGACCAAAUGCUUUAUAUGUUCAUCAUGAUUUAAUGUUACCUGCAUUCCCACUUGCUGUGGAAUGGAUAAAUUUUAAACCAAAUCAACCUGAAGGUGAAUCAGAUAUUGGUAAUUUUGCUGCAGUUGGUACAUUUGAUCCACAAAUUGAAAUUUGGAAUUUAGAUUGUAUGGAUAAGGCAUUCCCAGAUAUUAUAUUAGGUGAACCAUCAGGUGCACCAAGUUUAAAGAAAAAAUCCAAGAAAACCAAAAAAAACAAACAUAUUACAACUCAUCAUAUAGAUGCUGUUCUUUCAUUAUCACAUAAUAGAUCUUAUAGAAAUAUUUUAGCAUCAACUUCAGCAGAUACUACAGUUAAAUUAUGGGAUUUAAACACUGCAACUGCAGCUCGUUCAUUCAAUCAAAUACAUUCAGGUAAAAAUGUAUCAAGUUCUCAAUGGCAUUCAACUGAACAAGCCAUUUUAUUAACAGGUGGUUAUGAUUCACGUGUUGCUUUAACAGAUGUUCGUAUUCAAGAUGAUUCCAAAACUUCUAAAUACUGGUCAAUAAAUGGUGAUGUUGAAAAUGUUAAAUGGGUUAAUGAAUCUCAAUUCUUGGCUGGUAAUGAUCAAGGUGGUGUUUAUUGUUUUGAUAUUAGAACUUUAGAUAAACCAAUAUGGACAUUACAAGCUCAUGAUGCAGGUAUUUCUUCAUUAGAUGUUAAUCAAUAUGUUCCUGAAAUGUUGGCUACAAGUGCAAUGGGUGAAAAAACUGUUAAAUUAUGGAAAAUUCCAACAUAUACUGAAGGUGAAGUUUUGAAAAAUGGGCCUUCAAUGGUUAUGUCAAGAGAUUUUGGUGUUGGUAAUGUUUUAACAACAAGUUUUGCUCCAGAUAUUGAAGUUGCAGGUAAUAUAGUUAUUGGUGGUGUUAAUAAAGGAUUAAAAAUGUUUGAUUUUUUUUCAAAUAAAGCUGUUAGAUCAAAUUUCAAAAAUGAAUUAUCAAAAUUACAAAAACAAGCUAGAGAAGAAGCUAAAGAAAAAGGUAAACAAUCAAGAAUUGCAAGAAAAUAUGAUGGGAAUUAUACUGAAACUAUGAUUCAAGUUGAUGAUGUUGAUGGUGAUGUUGAAAGUGAAGAUGAAGGUGGUGAUGAUGAUAUUGAUAUUGCAUAG